GGACCUAUAUAUAUACUGCAUAUAAAGUACUGCAUAUGAACUGUCUAAUUUUUGUAUAGCACCUGCAUAUAUAUUGGAUAUGAAUAGUGUACUGUAUAUAUAUUUAUUGUAUAUAAAUGUAUCUAGGUACUAUCUUAAGUGUAUCAAUUAGAGAUGCAAUUGGACUUUUAGAUCUUCAAGUCAACAAAAUUUAGAAGUUUUCACGGUGACCAAAUUUGUCGAUGAUCACACUUGUCCAAUUGCAGACAGAAUGCUUUCACAAUGGUAUGCUACUUCUUUAACCAUCGCUAAAAUGGUGAAGCACAAAUUUCUAAAUCUAAAGUCAACAUACACUCCAGCAGAGAUCAUGGAAGAAAUGAGAAACUUGUACGGAAUUAGGAUAAACUACAAAAAAGCAUAUAGAUCCAAAGAAAAAGCACUUGAACUAGUCAGAGGUUCCUUGCGUGAAUCUUAUGCUAAAUUGCCAGCUUACCUAUACAUGGUAAACAAAAUAAACCCUGAAUCAUUCACAAGACUACACAAAAUAGAGGACAAUCACUUUUUAUAUGCUUUUGUUGCGUUGAGCACAUCAAUUAGGGGCUGAAGAUAUUGUAUGCCUACCAUUGUUGUUGAUGGGACUUUUAUGAAAUCUGCAUACAAGGGAACAAUAUUGUCUGCUAGUGUGCUGGAUGCAGCAGGACAUAUUUUGUCACUAGCAUAUGCUGUUGUUGAUUCUGAAAAUGAUGCUUCAUGGGAAUGUUUUUUCCGCAUGUUUGACACUACUUUUGGUGAAAGAGAAGGCAUGUGCAUAGUAUCUGGUAAGCAUUACAACAUAUUAAAAGCUGCUGCACUUGUAUAUCCAAAUGUGGCUUACUGUAUAUGCAUUUACCAUCUAUGGAACAACAUCAAGGGUAGAUUUAAGAAUAAUCAAAAGCAAUUAAAUGGGAUCUUCUUUACAAUGGCCAGAACAUAUAUAAAGGCAGACUUUGAUUGGCUUAUGGAAGACAUAAACAAAAUCGAUAAUAGGGUGAAGGAGUAUCUGUUUAAUAUAGGCUAUGAAAAAUGGUCUAUAGCUCAUGCCUAUGUCAACAGGUUGAUGUUCAUGACUUCAAACAUAGCAGAAUCCGUAAAUUCAGCAAAUAGAGAUGCAAGAGACCUGCCAAUUAAAAAAUUCCUAUAAUUUAUGAUAGAUCUAGUCAUGAGAUGGAAUAAUGAGCAUAGACAACAUUCAGAAGCAACAUUUACAGAAUUGGGAAACAAAUACAAUAUAAUAAUAAGGGAAAAUCUCAUUCUAUCAAAUAAAAUGAAGGUAUUACUUCUUAUUUCUACUUCAUAGACACUUACAUAUUAUAAUGUGUACACUAUAUACUAAUAUAUUUGUACAUUGCAGGUGAUAGAUUCUACUCACUAUUCUUAUGUAGUCAUUGAGGAAACUAGAAAAUGAAACAUUGUUGGCAUGUGUGAAAAAAAAUAUUCCUGCCUACAAUUUCAAGUAGAUGGCAUACCUUGUCCACAUGCUAUGACGAUCCUAACUUAUACGCAUAUGGACUUACAAAGCUAUUGUGCUCCAUAUUACACAAGAGAAAACUUCUUGAAAGCAUAUGAACUUCCAGUUAUACCACUUCCUGAUGAAACAACUUGGCACAUCCCAGCAGACAUAUCAGCUAAUAUAAUACUACCACCAAUUUGAAAAUCAAACCAGGAAGACCAAAAAAGAACAAUCGAGGAAAGGGCAUUAUGGACUACUUUAAGUAACAAAUUUCAUGUGGGCGCUGUGAAAAAAUAGGACACAAUAAGAGAACAUGUGGAAAUGCUCCAACAAGAAUCUAAUAGGAUGUUGCUGCAAGAGCACUUUUAUCUUUUUCAUUUUUUUUCUUGAAAAAGACUAUUCUUUUCAUAGCAAUUUAAUAACAACAAUAUUAUUUUACUUCAAAUGCAUUCUACUCUUAUAGAAAUUUGUGCAUUAUGGUGUUUCAUUUAGCUAUAUUCUUUGAUGAGGUGCACUAAUUAACUCAUCUAAGCUGGGAGGGUGUAAUUUUUCUGCUACAAUGCUUAAUAAAACUGCAUAUCAUCUGUGUCAAUCAUGUAUAAUACCUAUAUACAGUUUGAAUAUAUAUAAGUACUAGUAUUUGUCUUUUAAAUUAAUUAGCAAAUACAUAGCACCUCUAUAUUUUGAAUAUAACAACUUUUAUAAACUAUAUAAAUACUUUAUUACAACAAUAUAUAAGUUCUAUAUCUGGUUGGGAUAAAUGUCUAAAAUUGUAGAAAUAGUGUGCUUAAACUGUGUAACAACUGUAUAGGAACUGAAUAAAUAUUGCAUAUAUACUGAAUAUUGGUAUAAAUUUACAUAAAUACUUCAUAUAAUAUUGUAACUAUUGUAUAGGACCUGUAUAUGAACUGCAUAUGACCUGUGUACAGGUUGUGUAACUACUAUAUAGGACCUGUAUAUAUACUGCAUAUAAAG